AUAAAUAUCGCAUUAGGAGAUUUUGUCCUAUUAAAGCUCGUGCAGCACCAUGUACUCGUUUGUGGUCUUCGUAGUACUCUUUUGUGGAAUCUGUUCAGAUGCCCUCGCUGUACAUCAAACACGUGCCAAACGUGGCGACCCUUAUUCUGAAUUGAUUUCCAAAAUCAGACAUUACCUUGACCGACGGCAAAGUCCUACAAGCGUCACGUAUAACCCAGGCGGCAAUGCAGUAAGUGGAUUCAGACCUUCGCCCUCCCCAAGUAAUGCUCCGUACACAGAAUCCCCUGUUAGACCCACGCCAGGUCCAGGUCCCUGGACUCCAGACAACUCGACCUGGGGCAAUUCGUCUGGUCCUUUAUUCAACCUUGAUUCCGGUCUCCAUUGCCCUAUAUUGACUCAGAUACUGUGGAGACGUGUUCUCAGCUUCCCAAGAACAGACGACAUGGUUGAUUUUAUAAAUUUCUAUCCGGACAAGUUCCGCCCUCUGGUGGAACGUACAAUGAAACUUCUAACCUUUGUGGAUGACCCGGAGGUUGCGGCUUUGUUUCUGGUGAGAAGAUUUACGCAGGAGAUAGUGGAGAGACGACUCACUUGUGCCACUUCCAAAUACCAACAAGUCAUAAUUUAUGCCGUCACACAAGAGAUGAAAUCAACCUUCCGGAACGAUUCCCUGUCCACCAGAGUGGCCGCCAUUCUUCAUGGAUUCCCAAGGCCGAUGAAUCUGACCCACAGGAUAAUGUUCUCUCUCCACGGCUACUUGUUCUAUAGCCUUAUAAAUUUCGCUCUCUCAGAAGAGUUUGAAGAACUUGACAGAUUUGUGGAAAGCUUCUACCACUUCACCGAGCACAGAUUCAUGGAAAUGAAGAAUACGGGCAUGUCCGACACGUGGUCUCAGAAAUUUGAACAGGAAAUGGGGAACCAGCUUAUGCAGAAUGGGCAUGCGUUACAGUGUACUAGCAUGGACAAAAUGAAGUGGAAUCAUAAAAGGAUAGCUAACGAGACAAGAAAAGGCUUCCUUGACAUGAUGGAGACUGGAUACAUUCACAGAAUCGCGCACAAGAUGUUGUCAGAAGUUGCUUCCGAGUUUUACAGCAAUGAGUGGUCCACAAUCUACGAACAUAUAUUUCCGUUUGAUCAGAUUACCAAGAUAUUACUCGAGUACACCAAAGAUGCCAUGAAAGUUAUCGAGAACUAUGAAUACAACUUGUUUAACAGUCCUCUAUACAGUGUGGAAAAUAUGUUUGCCAAGUAUCUGGAGCCGGAACAACGCCAGGCAUUCCAAAGAAUCAUUGCUCACUUAUCAACCCAUUCUCCCUCACCCUCAACACCGCCGUACCCCAGUGGUUCACCAGUACCAGAUUGGACUUACGUAAGGAAUGAAGUGCAAGAAAGUCAAGGGGAUCUGAAAAAUGUACUGAGCAUGCUGAACUCCCCGAACUUUAAUGUUGCCGAAAUGACAAAACUGGUGACGAAAGUUAUUACCAAUCUGGAUCAGUUAAUUCAAGCUGGAACAAAGGGUCCUUAACUUUUUUGUUCAAGGGUAAAAAUGUUUCAGAUGAAAAUAAAGUUUGAAAUUAUG